AUGAUCAAUAUUUUAUCUGUGCGCACGUUAACUAUCGUUAUAGUAAUCAACUCUUGGCCGUCUAUACUUUCAUAUAGUGUAAUCAAUUGGAAUGGAAAUACUUGGGCCAUGUCUUGUGAUUUCUAUGGAAAUGAUCUUUCUAAUGUUCGAAUUUCAGGAGAAGGUUGCGGUGGAAAAUGUGCCGAAACUCAAGGAUGUACUCAUUUUACGUGGACUCAAUGGAAUGGAGGCACUUGUUGGAUGAAAAAAGGUCCAGUCUCCAAGGCCAAUGCAUUUCCAACAAAUGAUCCACACAUGGUCUGUGGUGUAAUCUCUGAAUCACAACCAUCCACUGGCAAUAUAAUCAACAUUAUAAAUCGCGGUUCACAAUCAAUAAAAGUUGGUUUCUUUAAAAAUUUGGGCUCAUAUCAACCAUCAUUCGUGGCAGAAAAAAUUGUUACUAUUCUGCCGGGUGCAACUGUAACCGUUUCAUUAGCAAAUGGAUGGGAAGGUCGUUUACAGAAAUUGACCGGGGCACCGGCU